GCGGCGUGUCGGAGCUCCGCCCUCGGCUGCUCCUCCGCCCGCCGUGCUUGUUGCUGCGCAGCGCGUGAGGCAGAAGCGGCGGACCGGGGUCGGAUCGACACGCCGGAGCAGCUCGGAUCCGUGUUGUUGUUGUUGUGGCAGCGGGACAGACGGACAGUCCGGGUCCACGCUCCGCAGCGCGUGGAUCUAUAGACCAGCGGCUCCUGUCUCGGAUUUCCCCCGGAGGGAGGGGACCGGGGGUUUGUCACGGCGCUGGAAGUUUGGGGAUAGUUUCUCCAGGGCGGACUGAGCUCGCCCGGCCGCCCGCCCGCCUCCUGCUCCGGCCAGCCAGCCGUGCAGAGCCCGCUGUCCCCGGCUCCCCCCUCCUCCUGCUCCUCCUCCAGCUGCGGGGGAAUCAUGGCGCUCAGAGCCAGGGCGCUGUACGACUUCAACUCGGAGAACCCGGGCGAAGUGUCGGUGAAGGAGAACGAAAUCGUAACUUUGUACAGCGAGCAGGACAUCGAGGGCUGGCUGGAGGGCACGAACAGCAGAGGCGAGCGGGGACUGUUCCCGGCUUCGUAUGUGGAGGUGCUGAGGAGCGACGCCUCCUCCACCUCCUCCACCCCCAACAACAACAGCUGCAGCACAUCUGGGGAGGCGUACCCGGACUCCCGGUACGCCAACAUCCCGUCAGGAGGCUUUGACGGCUCCUACAAGGCUAAAGUUGAGAACUUUCCCAAGCCGAAUCCCCCUGCUUUCACCACUUUCUCGCUCCCCCUCCAGCAGCAGCAGCAGCAUCCUCAGCCUCAGACCUACCAGCAGGUCAGCCAGGGCAGCGACGACGACUGGGACGAUGACUGGGACGACAGCUCCACGGUGGCGGACGAGCCCGUGGGGGGCAGGUAUCAGGACUUCGAAGGCAACGGCCCCUCCAAGUACAGGGUGUCGAUGGCAAGGGGAAACGCACAGCAGGCGAAGAGCUCCGCCACCGUCAGCAGAAACCUGAACAGGUUCUCCACCUUCGUGAAGUCGGGCGGCGAGGCAUUCGUGCUCGGGGAGGCCGCGGGCUUUGUGAAAGACGGGGAUAAAAUCUGCGUGGUGAUGGGUCAGUGUGGCCCGGAGUGGCAGGAGAACCCUUACCCCUUCACCUGCGGCAUCGACGACCCCACCAAGCAGACCAAGUUCAAGGGCAUGAAGAGCUACAUCUCCUACAAGCUGACGCCCACCCACACCCAGAACCAGGUGAACCGCAGGUACAAGCACUUCGACUGGCUGUACGCCCGGCUGGUGGAGAAGUUCCCGGUCAUCUCCGUGCCGCACAUCCCAGAGAAGCAGGCCACGGGGCGCUUCGAGGAGGACUUCAUCUCCAAGAGGAGGAAAGGCCUCAUCUGGUGGAUGAACCACAUGACCAGCCACCCCGUCCUGGCCAGGUGCGACGUCUUCCAGCACUUCCUCACCUGCAACAGCGCGGACGAGAAGGCCUGGAAGCAGGGCAAGAGGAAAGCCGAGAAGGACGAGAUGGUGGGGGCCAACUUCUUCCUCACCAUCAGCACCCCGGCGACGCCGCUGGACUUCCAGGAGGUCGAGAGCAAAAUCGACGGAUUCAAAACCUUCACCAAGAGGAUGGACGACAGCACGCUGCAGCUCAACGCCACGGCCAACGAGUUUGCACGCAAGCAGAUCAGCGGCUUUAAGAAGGAGUAUCAAAAAAUGGGCAUGUCGUUCAAGGUCCUGAGCCAAGCCUUUGACAUGGACCAGCAGGCGUACUCGGCAGGGCUCAACCAGGCCAUCUCCUUCACUGGCGACGCCUACGAAUCCAUCGGAGAGUAUUUUGCGGAGCAGCCAAGCAAGGAUCUCGACCCGAUCAUCGAUUUGUUAGCUCUUUACCAGGGACAUCUGGCAAACUACCCAGACAUCAUCCAUGUUCAGAAAGGAGCGUUGACUAAGGUUAAAGAGAGCCAGAAGCAUGUGGAGGAGGGCAAGAUGGACCCGGCGCAGGCGGACGGCAUCAACGAACGCUGCAACAUCAUCUCCUGCGCCACGCUGGCCGAGAUCCAGCACUUCCACCGGAUCCGCGUGCGAGACUUCAAGGCGCAGAUGCAGCACUACCUUCAGCAGCAGAUCGCCUUCUUCCAGAAAGUGACGGGGAAGCUGGAGGAGGCCCUGCAGAAGUACGACAACGCGUAGCGCCUCUCACGCGCCAGCUGUUGAGGUUUCAGGCAAACAGCCGCGCGCCUCCCUUCGGCCCGCCGGCGGCGUUUGGGCCGGGAGCGGCGUGCAGCCGGACGCUGCUUUUUCCAGCAGCGAAGGGAUGAUCAGGGAGAUUUGGCACUGGGAAAAAAAAAUAAAUAAAGAGAAGAAUAAAAUUCCAAGCAAAUCCAGGUUUCUUUGUGUUGGCGCUGGAUUGUUCCAGUUUGAAAGAAGAUGUGUAGUGUAAUGAUGUUAGGCCAACUUUUAACACAAGAAGGAGAAUAUCUCAGUUAGAUCUCACAAGAAUCGGUAAUGAUAUCUUCAUAUAUCAAGUGUUUUAAAGCCUUACGACUCAGUUUCUGUCCAGCCGUUACAGUGAGUGACGCCCUGGCAGCCUUCCGGACACACUCAUCCCCUGCCGGCGCCGUUUCCCUCAAACUGGACACAAUGUUUACAGCCUUUUACACUGAGCUGCCACUGUCGCCACCAUCUUGCUGUGCCUUCUAAAUUAUGGUCAUUUUUUUUUUUGUUACUAGUUGCUAAAAAAAAGUUUUAUAAAGUGUUUAUGUAGAAAUAUAUUGUAUUUGUUUUGGACAAAGCUACACAUUUUGCAGUCUUCGGGGGAAGAGAGCAGAGUCUUUUAAUGGGACGUAAAUCUUAUUUAGAUUGAUUUUUAACACUUUGUAUACGUGGCAAUAUCAGAUCAAGGACUACCUGCUUCGACAAUGAGGAGCCGCCGCUUCACCUGCAGCUCAGGAAGCACGGGUGCCGAUUAGAGCCUACAGGCCGACUCCUGGAAGUCCUGUCAUCAAGUUUGGUUUUCAGGCUUAGUUUCGGGGUUGUGUGAGAGGAUUCCUCGCCUCUUUUAAUAACGCGGUCCUUUAUUAUAGCACAGAUCCAGGCCAGACGGGCCAGCUGUACGGAUGUUUUUAACCUUCAUGACUCUGGUUGUUGCACCACGAUGAGAUUAAUGUAGAGAAGCAGAGACGGUGAAAUAAAUUCCUCCCUCA